AUAUGGAUGUGUGGUGGCACGAUAGAAAUCUUAACCUGUUCAAAAGUCGGUCAUGUAUUUCGUGAUACUAUGCCAUACAUGACAGGGAGGGGCACGGCCGAGAAAAACAUCAAGCGUCUAGUUGAAGUUUGGUUAGAUGAUUAUAAAUCAUUCGUAUAUUCAAUGAAGUCUCAAUCUUUCCUGGCUCUGGACGCUGGUGAUGUAGUAGAGAGACAGGAACUAAGAAAGAGGUUACAAUGCAAUAGUUUCUCAUGGUAUCUCCAGACUGUCAUUCCGGAAUUACGCAUUCCAGAUCCAAAUCCGUUGGGAAGAGGAGAGGUUUGA